ACAGGACAGGCCCAGCUUGGCUCUCCAGGCAGCAAGAGACAAGGCGCAGAAAUGCUGCAAGCACAGAGCAUCUUGGUGACAGGAUCCAACCGAGGGAUCGGCUUGGAGAUUGUCAAGCAGCUGGCGGGGAAAAGCAAUCGGAUCUUUGCCACUUGUCGGGACCCAGAGGGAUCACGUGCCCAGGAGCUGAAGAACCUGGCUGCCAAGCACCAAGGAGUGGAGAUCAUUCCACUGGAUACUAGUGAUCCAUCCAGCAUCCAGGCUGCUGCAGCCAGAGUCACAGAACACCUGCAAGGAGCCGGGCUGAAUCUCCUGAUCAACAAUGCUGCGAUUGUAAAGCCAAGCAGUCUGGAAUCGGAGACAGCAGAGGACAUGGCCGAGGUGUACAAAACCAAUGUGAUUGGGCCCAUGCUGAUGAGCCAGGCUUUCCUGCCCUUGCUGAGGAAGGCGUCUCGGGAAAGCCCCCAGAAAGGGAUGAGCUGCAGCAAAGCCGCCAUUGUCAACGUGUCCAGCGACGGCGGCUCCAUCGCCAAUGUCCUUGGAUGGGAACUUGGACAUGUUAUUAGUUACCGCUGCAGCAAGGCUGCUCUGAACAUGCUCACCCGGUGCCAGUCCCUGGGAUUUGCAGAAGACGAGAUCCUGUGCAUCGCAUUGCAUCCUGGAUGGGUGCAGACAGACAUGGGAAAUGCAGCGGGACCAGCACCAAUGGCAUUGGACACCAGCGUGCAAGCCAUCCUGAACACCUUCGGCCGUCUCACUGAGAAAGACACUGGGACUUUUGUGAGCUGGGAGGGGGCAGUCGUGCCUUGGUGAGACCCCAACUUGCCCCGCCUUGCAGGAGAAAUGCCUCAUGAUGUAUGGAGAGGACGAGGGACAUGAAUGCCUGGCUGACUUCACCUUCACCUGCAA